CGGGACCUAGGCAGUUAAUCGUUUGUGGCGAGACAGGAAUUUGAGGGCAGAUUUUCAGGCCCCUUUUUUGGUUUAACCACAUCAUGGCCGAAUCAUAUCUCAGCGACCUCGAGAGCGUCUGGCGCUCAGAACGCCUAGUGUUCCGCGCAACCCAACAGGAAGACUACGACUUCUUGUUUCACCACAUCGACACCGAUCCCGUGAACGUAGCUCUGUCCGGCCCUAUGCUCCUGAAGCCUCCGAGAAAAGAAAAGCCCGAAGAAUGGUUUGAGAAACAGAAAAAGAAUGAUUUUCUUAUGGACGUGAUGAUUUGCCUUCGCCCAGAUGUGAGGUCUAACGAGACACAUUUCGAGGGCAGCGCCUCGGGCAAAGAUGUUGACAAAUCCCGUGGUGCUGGGGACAGAGAGCCCAAGCCCAUCGGUAUGAUCAACGUCUCUACAAACGUUUACGGUCGGGAUCCGAGCAAUCGUGCCUGCUCCAUGGGUAUUGCUAUUGCGGCACCGUACCAAGACAGCGGCUAUGGCACUGAGGCUAUCUGUUGGACCGUUGACUGGGCGUUUCGCAGGGCAAACAUGCAUAGUGUUCAUCUGGGAUCUGUAGAGUACAAUAAGAGGGCUCACAGAUGUUACCAGAAGGCGGGAUUUCAAUUGGACGGCAAGCAAAGGCAAUGCCACUGGCAUGAUCGACAAUUCUAUGACUUGUAUCUAUUUAGCAUACUAGAGGACGAGUGGAGGACCAGGCAUGAAGCUGGUCAGUAAU